GAAGGAACAGAUAUCGCACGGUAAUGAAAGCUUGUAGCUAAAGUGACAAAACUGAAGGAAAACAAGCAGCGGCAUACAGGCUCAAAUAAGCCCUGUGGUAUGUCCGGGCUAUAGAAGAUCGUACAGGUCAAACUUCAGCUUUCCACAAGUUUGAUGGGUAAUUUCACAAUUGAUGAUGCAUUUGAGGUGUCUAUUGAAGACACUGGACCAAGAUUUGGGGCCCUGCAUUUUAGUGGAGAUGAGAAUCAGCAGAAUCGGCAUAAAUAUAAGAACCUAGAAAAUUAUGAAGAAACAGAACGUGUGAAAAUUAAAAAUCUAGAAAGGGGCUUGUCAACCCUUUCUUCUCACAGUUCCCAAUGCUCAUUCAGUACCAUUAGUAGCAGUACCCAACUGUCCAACCAAGAGUGCUUCAGUUGGACGAGACAUCCCCUUGUACAGAAGAACAAGAAAGUUGUUGUGUCAUCAUUUCUUCUACUGCUGUUAGGACUGGUGUUUGUAUUUGUGGGAAUAGGACUGCAAGUGAGCCCAUCACCAGCUGUCUCCAGUGCCAUCUUUUUUGUACCUGGAUUUCUGCUGCUGAUUCCAGGGGUGUAUCAUGUAAUAUUUAUCUACUGCGCCGUGCGAGGGCAACCUGGUUUCCAGUUCUUCUACCUCCCUUAUUUUGAUAAGUGAAAUGACACCAUGGAUGUCUUCUCACACACUGAAUGCCAAAACACUAUGGAAACCACUAAGGACUCUAAAGAAUGACAUGGGAGCAGGCCACCAGGUGGCAAUAUUUCUUGCUCUGGAUCUUUCGUCUCUUGGGAUCUCAUUCACUAAGACUAGACUGAGAGCUGAACCCACCUCAAGUGUUCUCCACCUCUGUAGCUAAUAUGUCUGUGACUAUAAUAUUUUUGGGGGGUUUUGUUUUGUGCUCAGUAAUAAGAUUUUGCAUUUUUUUAAUUUAAUGAAUUUUUAUUUGUAUGUAACUGUUUAAUUGGUAAAUAGAGAGAUUUUAUUACAAACGUUGAGUGUUAUACAUGGUUGACAUUCAUAGUCAUUGGUGGGGGGGGAGCUUUAUUUCCUGUAACUUCAACCGGUGUUAUCUCGAUGACAGCAUCAUAACGAACUCUGAAAAAGGAAACCAUUGUUAUUAUCUGUGAAGCUAGGUAAAGGCAGCAGGUGGUGCGUACACUUGAAAUGACAAUCAAUGAA